GCAGAAGAGGAGGGCAACGCCCCCUCCCAGAAGCUGGCCAACCCGGCGGGUGCGAGGAUCCUCAUAGAAAAGGGGUGAGUGGUUCCUACGGCACCUCUGUGAUGGGAAAACCUCGGAGGCAGCGGAGGCUCUAGCCAGGAGCAAGAGCCAAGGGAGCAACGUAUCCCCGGCAAAUGGGCACGACAAAAACGUGCCAGCUCGCGCGCAAGGCAGCGGUAACAGCAACCGUGGCCCGGUCAGAACAACUCUGACCGUAAGGCGGGGCGACAGCAGGGCACUGCUCGCGGGCACGUAUCCCCAAGCCGAGAAACGGAAGAGCGGCCAAAUCACGCCGCAGGAGCCCCCCCGAUCCAAAAGGGUGCGGGGCACAGACGCAAAGACAGCCGGGGCCAACCAUUUGGACCGGCUCCUCACCGGGUGGAGGAGGGGCGGCGCGGAUAUGCGGAUGCUGUCAGAGGCAAGGUAAUAAGAAUGGAGGUGGGCGAGGCGUCGGAGCAGUCCUGCGGGAGCAGGUCUGGACAGGCAGUGCCAGUAACGACCACAGACGUCCCCGUUGAUGGCCGGAACACGGAGCUACCCUCCACUCAGGAGCUCCUAGGCGGAUUUGGAGGCCCAAUGGACAGCAGCGCGGUUGACGGCGGGGUAGAGGAUUUCUCUUUCCUCGAGCCCAGUAAAGACUUCGUCCUGGCCUCAGCAUACUUUCCGGGAGAGGCAGCAACGGCAAGGCUGGUAGAGCACUGCAGACUGCACAAGCUCCCCCUUAUCAUCGGUUGCGAUGCGAACGCUCACCAUACGGAAUGGGGCAGCACCGACUGCAACGUGAGAGGGGUAUUCUCUUGCUCUUGCAAACCCCGGUGCACGGUGCAAGCAUUGCAAAUUUACAACGGCACAACAACAAACACACGCAGAAAAAUAUUUGCAAGGGGUGUGAAAUAUGUCAGACCUAAACCCGUGUAUAUUAGCGAGCAAUGUCACGCAAAAAUAAAAUUGCAACCCUGUUGUAGUUGCCAUUUUACAUAAAGACAUAUUACGUUGUUAAAUUGUUGAGAAAGUUUUCCACAAAUAUGAAUAGCGAAGUUGCGCCCCCAGCAAAGAGGAAAAGGCAGCAGCCAAACAAGAAGUGGAAGGAGAGUGAGGUGCACUCUAUAAUUGAGUUUUUAAUGGAAGAGCCGGAAUUUGAGGCUCCAACUGCGCAAUUGUUUUAUAAACGAUUUUUACGUAACUCGAAGUUGGAUGUCUCAUGGGAUCUGGUGCGGUGGAAGGUCCGACAUUUGAAGGCGCAGUACCGUAAAGCCAAUGAUUGGCUCGCGUCAACGGGUGCAGGGCUACAAGAUGAAGCUGACGGCAGUACCAUCGAAGCAAAAAUUGCUAAAAUGUGUCCGUACUACGACCAGCUGAGGGAAAUAUUUGAAAAGCGGUUGCCGGUAAUGCAACCGUUACUGGUUGAAAGCAACCUUCCUUCGCCUCAGUUAUGUCCAGUUAGUCCUGCACCAGAAUUCGAAGCAGAAUUCUUGGAAGAAUGUGUACCUGCUGCGCCAUCAAAUGCCGCAUCUUCGAUUGCACCGAUCUCCACACCGGUAUCAACAUGCCAACGGUCAACAACUCGUCCUCCAAAAUCAUCCAUUGGACAAUUGGCGGCUAUCCAAGCAGAAAAAAUUGCUAUGGAAGCGAAAAAACUUGAGUUCGAUAAAUAUAAAUUCGAGGAAGAAAAGAAAAUUCAAGAAAAAAAGUUAGACAUUGAGUCAAAAAAAUUAGAAAUAGAGUUGAAAAAAAUAGAAACUGAGGAAAAAAUUAAAAUGUUAGAAUUAGAAAUGAAAGAAAGAGUGGCUAUGCAUGAAAUUGAAAAAAAAAUAUGAAAAUAAAAACAAUUAAAUAUACUAAAUAACAUUUGUAUUUAUUUAUGAAUAUUCAUGGCAGUUAGAUUGUUCCUUUAGGUUUCGUAAGUAUGAAUUUAUAAAAAUAGUUAUAUCAAAAAUAGAGUUGGUAUACCUAAUACCAGUAUGUAUAACAUAUGUACAUAUAUUACUAAUUAACGUUUUAUUGAUCACCAAACAUUAUUGUGUACAAAGAUAUGCGCUUGGCUUUUGCCUCAGUUAUUCGGCGGCCAUUUUCAUGUGAAGGAAAUUCAUCUGAUUCUUCGUCGUUAUCGACAACUAUAUUGUCUACGUAUUCAAUAUCGUUAGAAGUAGCUCGGAAGAUGUUAUGCAAUAUACAGCAAACAAUAAUCCAGUUGGAACAUAGAAUAUGACUUUGUUCGUCCUGAAUACGUAUUCUUAAUUCUUUAAGGCUGCCAAAGCGUUCUUUUAGAAUCCCAAAGCAAUGUUCAAUCCUCACGCGAUAUCUGCUAUGACGCAAGUUGAAUGCUUUACGCUUUGAAUAGUCCAUUUGUUGUGAAUUUGUUCGAAAUGGCGUGAUAAGAGUGGUCAGCAAUGGAUAAGCAGAAUCUCCUGCCAGCCAUUGAGAAGAAGAAAAAAGUGAACCUUCCUGAGUGGAGAGAGCACUAGUACGAAACAUGCGAGCAUCGUGUACACUACCAAAGUGUCCCGCUACUACAUGCCGAAUCCUUAACUGUUAAUCGCAUACAACUUGUGCCUUUAUGGAAUAGAUUCGGCUUUUUGAAAAAUAAGCCGAAUGGUUAACAACUGGUGCUUCUGCAAGUUUCAAUUCAGUACCAUCAAUAUACCCUAUGCAAUGCGGCAGCUCAUUGUACGUUGUUUUAACGAUAUUUUGUCUUUCAUUGGUAUCAGGCCAAGUGAUAUAUCUAGAUUUUAACUCCAAAAUUGACGAAAAUACUCUUUUUGUAAUCUUGUAAAGCGUUUCACCAUCUCCUACACCAAACAGUGUAGCUACUUUCCGAAUCGCCGCACUUUCACCCGAUGAACCCAAACGAUAUAAGGUUAUAGCUAACUGCAUUUCUACUGAAAAUUGCCUAAUGGAUUGAGCGUUGUUAAACUGUGCACUAUCUUUGAUCAAGGACAAUAGCAACGCAAAUUGAUCUCUUGAGACUCGGAGCAUUUGUUGGUAACGUCCUUCGUCUAAAUAGUCAAGAACAUUAGUCCUCCAUUCCAAACACUUAGGCACAUUUUGAUAA